CGAAUAAUCGGUACGUCCCGAUGAGACGAGUCGGGAAUACCGACUUUUGCCCACCCCUAGUGAUACCCCAAAAUUUUCUAGAAUAUUUAACCCGAUUCUACUCUUCUUGUCUUCCCGCUGCAACCCGAGAGAAAAAAAAAAGAGGGAACCCGGCACCAGCCUUUGAGAAACCGGUGAGGAAGCUUGGUUUUGGCCUUCUUUUCUUGUUCAAGAACAAGAUUGGAGCCUUGAAACCUUCCCCCCUGCUGGAAAUUCCGGAUCUGCUUUGCUCCUUCCUUCCUCACCGCCGGCUGCUCUUGAUUGUGGGUGAUUUCUGGGCAUUUUUUCGAUUUCCCUUGAAUUUCCCCUGCACUGCCGCCGACUUCUCCCCCUGCCAAGUUCGGUUCUGCAGCUGGAAAUUCUGGAAGCGAAAUCGAGAACGGGGAAACCACAGGAAGUGACGAGUUAGGAGGCUAGCCAUUUCGAGAUUGAUAUAAAUUUUAGAAAUAAAACAUGAUCUUGUAAACUAUAGUGUAUUUGGAGAUUUUAUGAUAUCAGAGCAGUUUUUAUAAUUUUAUCUUCAGAUUUUGGUGGUAUCAGAUUGUGAUAUGAUAAAUUUUGAGUCUUGUGCAUUUGUAAAAUCCUCUCACGAGUGCACGACGUCUGUCGCGCUUCGAAUUUGGGUUUUGGAGUGUGACAAAUAGUAUAGCUCCAAAAUCAUUUUUUAUAUAAACAAAAGCUCUACUCUUAA